AUGAUGCUGAGCGUGCCAGUGCUCGUCCUGAGCCUCGCCGUCGUCUGCCUCUCAGGCGAGGAUCAGACCAGGCAUAUUGGGGACCAGCUUGAUGAGCAGGCCGAGUCGUCUGCGAACAUGCGGGACAUGUUACGUCAUAUUUUCAAGUUCGCUGGAGCUGCAGCCGAUAAUAUAAGCGCCGACAAGCUGGACUCCUCACGCUACGUCUCCCAGAACAGCCUGAUGUUUAUGGCAAUCGGUGAGUCGGUUACAUCAUUGCGCUGCGACAUCUUCUCGCCGCCGUUCGCAGCGCCGGGGCGGAGUGGCUUGGAGCGGGAGAACACGACGCAGCAGAGGUGCGUCGUCAAGCUUGGCCCAGCUCGCAUGUUCAACGUUCACGUCUUCAACGCUUUCUCGCACGCCCUCGGUCUGGCUGUGAGCAGGGACAGCUCGCCGCUCGGAGCCCUGCGCCCGCCUGACGCCGUGGCCGGCGCGGACUUGGAGCGCUGGCUCGGGCCCGCUUCGGCUGCGCCGACCCUGCGCGCGGGCAGCGGGCGCUUGGGGAUCGGUCGCUACGGGAAGACCCCCAAGACGGUCUCGAUGGUGGCAGGGGAAAUGAUGGUGAUCCUUGCCGAUGCGGUGCUGAUCGGCGCGCUCCAUAGAUUGUACGAGUGGCCCAGCUGCUGCUUGCAGAGCACGGCCAUGUCUUCGAGAGUGCUGGCGAUGGUGCGUGCUCCGAUGUCCUUGCCGCGCUGGUUGAAGAGCUCUGCGCGGCUGCUCGGCAUCGUGUUUCUGAGCAGGGGGAGCUGCGCAUUUCGUAUGACAGACCGCUUACUCACGACCAACGAGAUGGUGAGCUGGUCAGUUGGGAACUACGCGGGGAGCGCAAACAGCUGCACCAUGGCAGGCGCCAUGACUUUCGUCAGCGACCGUGAGAUACACGCCGAAGAUCACAAGCACCCCGGCCUCCCUGCCGACGCUGCCACCGCCUCCGACAUGUUCGAGAUCGGGGCGGGCGUCGAGGUGCAGCCCGGGGAGCCGGCCGAGGCGCAGUCCGGCCCGCUGUCGCUGAAGCGGGCGACCUUCGAGUGCUUGCGCGACGUGCUCCAGGACGAGCGGGAGCACGAGCUCAUGCGCGCCUCGACAGAAAUCAGGAUGGCAAGCUUCGGGUGCUGCCGGGACCGGGGCGGCGUCGUGGGCGCCUCGAAGGCGCAGAGCGCCGCGGAGGCCCGGCAGCGCCGCGCCUCGGCGCUGAGCCGCUCGGAGAGCGCCUGGACGCGCUCUUCGGCGAGCGCGGCCUGGACGCCCCGGGCGCGGGGGUCUCGCCGCGGGGCAGCGUCGCCAGCCCCGCGCGCGGCCCGGGCCGCGCACCGAACCUGCGGCGGGUCUCCUCGCAGGCCACGUCGCCAGCCCCGUGCAGCGCUUCGCCAGCCAGUGCUCCGUCUGCUCCGUGCCGGCCCGGGGCGCGGGGCCGACCCUGGCUGGCCGGCCCUUCUGCGCGCCCAGGGAGGACAUGGGCUCCCUGUACCUCCGGCUCGAGGCCGUGAAGAGGAACGCGGAGAGGAACAAGCAGGAGCUUGUGGCCAACCGCGCCUUCAUGGACGAGGUCCACGACCUCGAGGAUCGGGCUUGGCAGGGCGGCCCGGGCCCACAAGCGCCGGGAGGCCGGGCUGCCCGAGGAGGAGGAGGAGGGCGAGGAGGAUCGAGAAGGAGGAGGCCGCCAGCUGGCCUGCAGCGAAGUCCACGCACCAGCGCGCCGACGCCAUGCGCGAGAACCUCCUCAGCAAUAGGAGGGACCUGGAGUGGACCAGGUCGAGCCUGGACGAGCUGCUCGUCUUCGCCGGCCGCAAGGAGGGCCAGGUGUUCGACCCGGUCGGCUUCGCCAAGCGCUCUGGACUCCCGCCGUUCGCGCUGCCCCCUGGCGGGGAGACGUCCACACCUCUCAGGCUGGACGCCAUGUUCAGUACGCUGAAGGGCAACGAGUCCCGGUUGCGCGAGCACCGAGAGCUCCUGGACGAGGUGCGGGCGACCAGCGAGAGGCGGGAGGGCCGGCAGGGGUCUCGCCGCGCGGCGUCCGCGGGCGAGGUGGCCGCCCUGGGGCAGCCGCGCGGGUCCCCGCUGGGCUCGCCCGGCAGCACGGCCUCGGGGGCCUCCUGGCGGGCCGUGGGCAGCCUCUCGAGCAGGCUGGACGCGGUGGCCGACGCGGCCAGGAGCAACGCGAUGGAGAGUUGCGCGCCUUCCGCGGCACCAUCGGCGAGGCGCGGCACGCGCUGCGGGGCAGCGGGGCCCCCGCGGGGCGCGGGGCCCCGCCCGUGGAGCGGCUCUUCUGCGCCGGGCGGCUGCGCCCCGCGCGGAGCACCGGGCCGGACCGCAGCAAGGAGAGAUCAAGACUCGGGUGGAGGUCAUGACGCUGAACGCCUCGAAGAACUUCGAGAAUCUGUCGUGCCAGCGCCAGGCUCUGCGCCGGGCGCUGGCGGAGAAGGAGGCGGGCGCGGUGGAGGGCGAGGCCGACAGGGGCGGCCCCAGAUGGGGGGCCUCGAUGGCCCGGCCGAUGUGGCGCUCGGGGGGGUUCGGCGUGAAGGUGUAGGCGCAGUCUAUCCCCGACGGGCCUGCGGCUUUUUGUCGGGCGUGGCCUCUGGAGGUGUAGACGCAGUCUGUCCCUGGCGAGCCUGCACCUCCGAUUUUCUGACAGGCUCCAGGCGCUGGGCUGCCCACAGGUUCGCUCGCGCACGGCAGCUACGUUGCGGCCCAGCGAGUACGCGAACAUUUUUGUAG